AUGUUUCUCACCGAGGCUGAAGCAGCUGUUGAUACCGUCCUCGACCUUCUCGGAGGUGAGCAAUUGCACGAUGUUGAUGUCCAGGUUGGCGACUAUAUCAUGGUGGUCGAUUGUGGGGGCUUGACCAUCGACACGAUCUGCGGCGUCAUGACUUCUGGAGAAAACAUGCUUGGUUUCAAGCCCAUCACAACUCCUUCCAGCGAACUUUGUGGGGCCAGUGUCAUGACAGAUAUUUUUGUCAACAUGCUGCAAGAUAAGGUUAAGUCAAUACUCAAUGGUUCGGUCAGCUUUGACGAGCAUUACUGUGACAAACUAGCCCGCAACUGGGAGACCAAUGUUAUGCGAAGAUUCCGCCGCGGUGUAUCGAAGACGUGGACGUUUCCUCUGCCGGAGGACUCGCUCGAAGCUGGCACUUCAAGGGCGACUUAUGCUCGCUGGCGACAAAACCAGGGACUCCAGCUCUUCAGCCAGGAGGUUGCUUCCAUUCUGGACUUUGCCGUCAACGGUAUAGCAGGCGCAGUACAAACUCAGGCCGAGGACAUGUUUCGUCGUACAAAGAAACGGCCAAAGUAUGUCUUUGUAACAGGAGGUUUUAGUCUUAAUGAAUACGUGCGAGCCCAGCUUCAAGAGAGCCUCGAGGUCGUCAUUUUACCUAAGAAUAUAGCAUGGACGGCUGUGGCGAGGGGUGCUGCUAUCCGUGGCCAGAAAGUGGCUCAGUCUCUUGCCUCCCUCGAGACAUAUAUCGCCCCAGAGACCUACAUCAUUGAGGCUGGCGGCUAUAGUGCUACAAUUCUCUCCAAGGGGGAAUACAUGAUGCACGGCAGCUUGAAGCGAGUCCAAAUUCCUUGGAUGGGCAUCAUGGCUGUCAGUAACAGUGCUGAUGGCAUCGUUCGACUGCGUAUGGGCCGGAUCGUGGAUCUUCUGAGCUUCCAAAACGUCCUCGAGUGGCGGCCAACGUCCCCAGUCAAGCCCGGUGAUGAAGUGUCUCUGGAGAUGCGCUGGAAAGCAGGUGGUUCGGUCGACGAGUGGGCUCUCUGGCACAACAAGAAGCGGCACGAGGUCACUUUGAAAUCCCUUGGCGCUUCCUAG